CUUAGGGUUUCAAAGUUAGAUCGAAUAAUUACUUGACGUAAUAUUUACAGAAAUAUAACGAUGUCCAUCCAAAAGAAGCCUAUUAAGUCUAAGCAGUUGAAAGUGGAACUGAACAAGGAAUUUAUAUUCCUACAAAAUAUCUUUUCUGUUUUGUCCAUACCGCAGCAAACAAAAGAUGAGUUUGAUGAUGAUGACAUUGAAACAACCAAUGGUGAUGCUAACCUAGAGGAGAAGAAGAUGCCAAAACGGGUGACUACUAUUGCAGAGUUAGAAGAGAGGCUUGAGAAAAUCAAGUCACAAAACAACUUCCACUUGAAAACCAAACUGGCCAAGAAAAGUCUUGCAAGCAAAUUGAAUAAAAAAAUCAAGAAGAGAGACAGGAUAAAUAAAACUAAAGUAAAGCCAUCUGUAGACAAACCUAUUUUACCGAAGAAAGAACACAAAAUGGAUAGUGCUGUUGCACCAAAACCAAUAUUUAACAAUGAUGCAAAACUGGUCUUUUCCAAGUUUGAUUUUGCAAACACUGGACAUAAAGACAGGGUAAACAAGGGUGAGAAAGAUCCUAAAAAAAUAUUAGAAAAUCUCAAGCAACAAGAAGAAAAGUUCAGGCAACUAGAAGAAACUGAAGAAAAGUCCAAAGUGAAGGAAUUGAAAGAAAAAAUUGCGUGGAAAAAUAUGUUGCAAAAAGCUGAAGGCCAAAAAAUUAAGGAUGACCCCAAUCUGCUAAAAAAAUCAAUUCAAAAAAGAGAACAAAAGAAGAAGCACAGUAAAAAGCAGUGGGACAACAGGAUUCAAAACGUUAAAGAGACUAAAGACGCUAGACAAGUUAAACGGACAGAGAACAUUGCUAAGAAAAAGAAAGAAAAGAAGUCUAAAAAGAUAAAACAGGCUGUUAAGAGAGGGCGUGUUGUAAUAUAAGAAUAACUAUAAGUAAAUACAAGGUUUGAUAA